UUUUUGUUUUGAAUUUAUUAUUGUUGAAUCAUGGCGGCGGACGUAGGUUGGUUUCGGCAAACGCUCAGCAAUAUUUCUAAUGAAAUCGAAGUAAUUAACAAUUUAUCAGAACUGAAAAUUGCUCUGACAAGUGUUAAUACCAUGCAAAUAAAAACACUUGCCCUGAAUUUGGAUCGGUGUAAUAUUCGACUGUCUCAAUUCGUCGACAAAAUUGCACAACUUUUAGAAAAAUACUACAGGCUGAAGCCAUUUGAUAGAGUACCGUUUCUAUUUUUUAGUCAUCAGAUAGAGCUGGGCUGUCAUAUAUUGGAAGAACUCCUGCCCUGUUUGGAACCUGCAGUUUUGCUCAAUAAGUAUGGUGUGGCCAUGCAUAGAGCUUUGGCACAUCCCAAUGAGACUGUGAAGCAAGUUGUCCUAACUGAGAUGUGUAGAGCAGUGAAAGACAGCGACCUAGUGUCUCGAAUGGGCGACCAACAGGCCCUACUGUUGAGUGUUGUCGAGUGUGUGGGUCACGACAACAUGUCAGUGGCCAAGAUCGCCAUCUCGUUCCUGGUUUGGAUGGGUCAGACGCCGUCCUACCUUGGCACACUCCUGUCGCCACAACUCUUGCAGGCGUUCAACGCUGUCAAGAAGAAGAACGAGACAACACGGUUCAGGGUAUUUGAGGUUAUAGUAGAAGUAAGCGCCAUAUCCAGUCCAGGCCUGGAAGCAUGUCAUAACAGUGGACUGCUGACUGAACUGUUGAAUGAGACUAAGCAGAAAAGUGACAUCCUAAGUAUAAUGAAGUUCUUCGGCAACAUAGCGCAGUUCUGGCCGCGGGAUAUAUUCGAAAAGUACUCGAAAGUGAUUGGCGCCAUAUUUGAGUUUUCAAAUUCGGCCGAUGCAAACCUGGCGGCCAUCGCCUUGGAACGAUCGGCUAUGUGGCCACCACCCCGAGGACGAGGAGAUGCGAUGUCUUCAGUAAUGCGAAAACUCAACCAACUGAUCACUUCAGCUCCGGCAGAAGUCAGAGUUCGCCCUCUCAACACCAUUGCAAAUAUUAUUGGCUUGGAGGUGAUCGACCAGACGAGUGAACUACUGCAGCUGACUGAGAAAUGGUACCUGAGUCUUUCCGAUGCAAAUCCCACGCUGAGUUUCAUGAAUAUCUGUCAUCUGCCGUUUGCUGAACUGAGAUUAGCCGGAUUUCUAAUCCUGCAGAAGAUGUCCAUCCAAGUCUGGGGCCAGAAGCACGUACUCAACUGUCCAGGUCUAAUCGAGUUCCUGAUGGAUCGAGACGUUGAACCGACGCUGGAGUGCAAAACGUCCAAAUUUCAAAUCGUCGAGUUUUUGGUGGGAUCUAAUACAACGGAGACCGUAUUUGGAGAGAUUCUGUACAAGAGACUGGUGGACUUUGUCAGGGAUGGACCCUGCUAUGUGCAGGCUCUAACCGAAGUGGCCAUUGAAGGCGCUGCUUAAGGGGGACUUUCGAGUCAGUUAAUUGACAAUCGAAGGUGUUGUUCAAGUGGCACUAAGCUGCUGCUUAAGUGAAGCUAAGGUGCUGCUUAAGUGACACUAAUGCUCUGUUUAACCCUACAGAGACACACUUACUUUAUGCUAACACAGUAGACACACUGGUGUUUUGAAC